UUAUCGUCGGUGUUUACGCUUGUGAACUUGAGCAAGUUUAUGCGACUUUUCCGACGCCUGAAUUUCACCAGCCGAUUCGUGUAAAGAGGAACAGGUCAGGAUGACGAAAACGUUAUGUUAUAUACGUCAGUCGCUAGCUCGCCGCAUCGGUGACGCUAGAUCGUCGGCGCAAAGGCGCCUACAUGGCGAUGCACGAAGCAGUCGAUCUCGCGCUGUGCUCAAAACUUUGGCGAUUUGCGGUGGGGCGGUUUGCGCUGGAAUCGGUGGUUACAAAGCGUGGACUCGUCAACCUGCAUUUACCCAAAAGGUUCUCGCUUCUUCUCCUAAUGCAAUGGAAUCGCCCGAAGCGAGCGAUUGCUCAAAAGUUUCGAGACGGCAAGCUCAACUGGAAAACGCGAUCAACUACGCUCACGAACUUCUCACACAAAAGAAGGAUGAAUGGGGUGUACCCGGCAUCGUCGUGGCUGUGAGUGUUGACGGCAAGACAGUUUGGAGCGAAGGUCUUGGCUAUGCUGAUAUUGAAAACAGGGUGCCAUGUGGAAGUCAAACGGUGAUGCGUAUAGGCAGCAUCAGCAAGCCAAUUGCCAUGAUGACAGUUGCAAAGCUGUGGGAAGAAGGGAAGAUCGAUCUGGACAAGCCAAUUCAAGACUACGUGCCAAGUUUUCCCAAGAAAACCUUCGAUGACAAGCCGGUCGUAAUCACCUUGAGAGAUCUGGUUUCUCAUGUUGCUGGGAUACGCCACUAUGCCAAUUCCAAAAACAGCUCACCUACAAAAGAUGGAAACAGCAAAGACACAGAGUUCUCAGAAUUUUAUAGCAACAAGAAGUUUAGCACUACUGAAGAGGCUUUGCAGAUAUUCAAGGACGAUCCUCUCCUGUUUGCACCAGGUACAAAGUACCAUUACACCACAUAUGGCUGGACGCUCAUUAGUGCUGCACUUGAAAAUGCAAGCAAGGAGCUCUUUUCAAGCCACUUGAGGAGGUUGCUGAAGGUUCUUGGCAUGGAUAACACGUACCUGGACCAAAAUGAGCCCAUCAUCUACAACCGUUCAAGAUUCUACACUCGCGACAAGUCGGGCUUGCUUGUGAACACGCCCAGCGUCGACUGCUCCUACAAGUGGGCAGGCGGUGGACUCCUCUCCACCGUGAACGAUCUCCUGCGCUUUGGCAACGCCAUGCUAUACUGCGCCCAGGCUGACGGCAGGAAGUACAAGGCCGGCUACCUGCGACCGGAAACCAUACGAUUGCUGUGGACUCCGCAUGCCAAGGUGCACAACAACUGGCAGAAAACCUACUUCCAGAGCUACGGCAUGGGAUGGGCGCUGACCGAAACGGGCGAGAAUCCCGGAGGCUGCGUCGAGUGGCCCGCAUUUGCGGCGUACCACACUGGAGGGUCGGUUGGUGGCACGUCUGCGCUCGUGCUGCUGCCUUCGGCAUGGAGUCCCGAGGAAACUAGCGACACCACUCGGGCAAACUCUCCGAGCCCUCCCAGAGGCGUGGUUGUUGCAGUGAUUGGCAACAUUUCGAACGCCGGUUACGGGAAGAUGGCUGUUGGGAUUGCUAGGAAGUUUGUGGAGCUCUGCUCUUAGGAGGAUGCUGUGCAGACUUGCUGAUGCGAAAUGUGCCAAGAUUGAGUCUGUGAAAAGAAUGCUUCAUAGAUGACCUCAAUCUCCAGACUGACUCUCAGUGUAGUCUUUUCUUCAACUGUGUGAACGUAUGCUGUAUUUAUUAACGAUUUAUUCAUGAAACAAAUGUUUAUUUUUUUACAAGUUAAGGUCCUCCUUCAUCUUAUAUGUAAUACUAUUACGAUGUGUUGUAUAAACCAGGGACACUUAAUCAUUUGCUAAAAUCAGACUUGCUGAACGAAUUGUCAAAGCUUUUUUAAUGUUAAUUGAAGCAAGCUUUGUGUUUGCAAAUUUUCACUAGUGCAUGUGCUGGUAGUUUUAAAGUUAUUGUGUGUCGUGUGAUUAGUUGCAUUAUAGAGUUCUUCUCAUUCCAUAAACACUUCAAAAGGAUUCCAGAACUGAUGUAUCAAUGGACAUUUACUUUUGACAAGAUGUUUUCCUGUUUACAUUAUUUCACAAUUUUUUUUACGAAUAAAAAACAGUUA